AUGGGAAUUCCUGCUAGCAAACCAUGGAACCAUGGGGCUGGCCGUGAUGAUGGUAGGUGGCGGCCAGGGGGCCAUUUCCAGAGGCCGGACGGUAUAGAGUCCGGAGUAUAUCGACUGUGUCGCCUCAUCUACAAGUCAAUCAGGCUCGCGUGUCGGCGGCUCGUGAGGCCGGCUGGUACACGUAAGGGCUCUUUGGUGAUGUACGACAGCGCUAGCUGUUCGUACGCAGGUGCGCUCGAAUUAAAGGGAGCCUCCGGGGCCGGAGCCGCGGCCGCGGCCGCCGCUGGUGUAACCGCGGCCGGCGUUAAACAGGAGAACUGGCCGUACCGCGGCCUCACCUGCGGCAGCACCUUUCAACGACUCAAGGAAAGCGUCGACAAGGCGAAGCAGGCCCUCGCCGAUCGCAGUGGUUACCUGGCGGGUGCGUUUUCGCCGCCUCCGCGCGCCAACCCGUCCGCCAUUUCGCCCACCGCUUCCAUCACCGAUGCUAGCAGCUCUUAUAAGGGAGGUUGGAGCCACGCCACGUCGCCGGCACCUGGUCAGGGCUAUGGAAGCAGCUUAUCAAAGACAGCACUGGACACGCACAGCCAUCUCAGGCAGCCUGAUCCCUACCAAAUGUUCGGGGCGACGAGCAGUCGUCUCGCAAGCUCUGGUUCCGGACAAAUACAGCUCUGGCAGUUUCUACUCGAGCUUUUGUCGGAUUCAAGUAACGCCGCGUGUAUCACGUGGGAAGGAACCAAUGGUGAAUUCAAGUUGACCGAUCCCGACGAGGUGGCGAGACGAUGGGGCGAGAGGAAGUCCAAGCCUAAUAUGAAUUACGACAAAUUGUCAAGGGCCCUGAGGUAUUAUUACGACAAGAACAUCAUGACGAAGGCGGCGGCCGAUCCGGCGGCGUACAAAUACCAGAGCGAGCUCUUCAUGUCCGGUUACGGUCACGCGAAGUUGAACCUGAUGCCGCCGCCGGCGGCGUCGGUCUCGGUUUCCGUUCCCGGUGGCCUCUUCCAAUCGGCAUCGAGCUACUGGUCGACGAGCCCGGGCGCCAACUUGUAUGCCGGCCAUCACACGGCCUCCGGACACGUGCCACCUCAUCUCGGCACCUAUCCGCAUUACGCAUGACCCGCCGCCGAGCACUGGGGUGCUCUGGGCACACCGCGUUGAAAUGUUUCUAC